AUGACAGAGCCGAACGAAGUCAAGGUUGAAGUCCUCUUGGACAUCAUCAACUCCUCUGCACGCAAAGCAAUGGCAGAAUACAAGAACACCGGACAUGGUGUCCCAGGUGUUGACACAGGCGCCUUCCACCCUCUCGACUUCGCUACAGAUGCACUUGCCCUCAGAAAGGCAAUCAGGCUGCUCGAGGGUGCAUGCGAGCAAUUUAACACGAUACUGGCUCCCCCCCAACACACGGUGUUCAAUUUCGUUAAUAAUUACACCUGGGCGUGCACAGAUGUCGCCGUGCAGUCACGUAUUGCAGACAUCUUGGACAGACACCCAGAAGGUCUUAGUGUGGAUGUAUUGGCUAACGCAGUCAACCUCGAUAAGACCAAGAUCACACGCGUCUUGCGAAAUUUGGCCCUUAAGGGUUGCUUCAAAGAAGUUGAGCGAGACGUAUUCGCAAACACGAGACUCUCCCUCGUGCUCAAGUCAACAAACAACGUCGCAUUCUAUGUAAGAACUCAGCGAGAUUUCCCCAAAUAUGCCGCGGUUCUCUACGAUUCUAUGAUCGACCAAGACUUUGCAAGAUCUUUCAAGGUUGAAAAAACACCUCGAACAUUUGCUCUCGGAAAAGAAGAAAAAAUCAACAACAACUUCUGGGAGAUGGACGACGAGGCACGCGAUAUAUUUGCCAGAAGCAUGCUGGGUUAUUCUGAGGUACAGAAUUCCUCUGCGGCGCUGCAUUAUUACCCUUGGGACAAUGUAUCCUCUGUGGUGGAUGUUGGAUCUGGAAUCGGAGCAAUGUCUAUUCCUCUGGCGAAAAUGUUUCCUCAUCUCAGAAUAACCAAUCAGGACCUCUCAGAAACUAUACAGCUGUCAAGAAAUGCAUGGGAGAAAGAUGCUCCUGAGGCACUGCUCGAUGGGCGCGUAGAGUUCGUGCCGUUGGAUUUCUUCGAGGGGUCACCCGUUGGUGGAAAGGACGUUUACUACUUGAGGAGCAUAAUUCACGACUGGCCGGAUGAUGCAUCAAGGGUGAUUCUCCGUAACAUUCGCAAAGUAAUGGGACCAAACAGCCGAGAUCAUAAGGCGCCCGAACAUACAUUAUUGAACUUCGGUAGUCACACGGUACACCAACUCGACAUGGUCAUGUGGCUUGUUUUGAAUGGCAAGGAGCGAACCUUGAACGAAUUCAAGAUGAUUGGGGCCAGUGUUGGUCUAGUGCUCACCCAAACCUAUGAUCUUGUAGGGACGAAGCUCUUGGAGUUCCAAAUCGCUCAGGACUGA